AUGGCGGAGGACGAGCAGCGGUUGACCAUCAUGACCGACUCCCUGCUCACCGAAAGCGUCUGCGACGGCGAGCCCAUGGCAAUACUCAAGUCUGCAACUGUCCCGACAAACGGGGCGUGCGUGGCAGCGCAGAGCAGGUAUAACCUCUCGUGCUCGUGUCUCUCGGGCUAUGCCAACACAAAAGCGUGGAGCUUCCGCAUCGGCGAGCCCGACACGGAGCCAACGUCUCCAUUCCCCACGACAAUUAAGCAAGGGGCCGUCCUUCAAGUGAACUCGCUGAUGAUGCUCGACGUUCCUGCAGAUCUACUUAUCUUCAAAAUACAGGGGGAGGGCAGCAACGGUGUCCCCGUCAGGUUAGAGAAAUCGACGACAGGAGACGAUGUAGUGGCGAUCGUUCGUUCACAAGAGGUCUCAGCUCUCACAAAAGUGAAUUUGGCCGCAAACCAGCUAUCCAGUAUUUAUACCAGCUUGCCAGGAUCGGCCGAGACCUUGAACGCAAUGACUGACAUCAUUUUGGCGAAUAACAGCUUUACCGAGUUCCCGACGCAACUGCUCCAGUUUCCCAAUCUUCGAAGGCUCGACCUGAGUGGGAACGACAUCACGAACUUGACAGUCACCAGCGACGAACUUGCAGCUAUUUCGCAGCUUUCGGUGUUUCAAAUUGAUUCCCCCGCGGGAAAUGGGAGUGGAUGCGAUGGUGGUGAAUGGCAACAGGUGCACAACACGAACUUCUGCGUUGUGAACACUACGAGCACGACUGCCCCAGAGGCGAUGGCUAAUGAAGGCAGCGUGAUUGAUAACACCAACUGGACUGUCUUCAUGCUGAUAGCGGUCUUCGGAGGCUGCCUCAUGGGCUUUCUGCUGUUCUUCCUGGCCACCAAAUUCGUGCAACACCAGCAAGAACGCAGACGCAAGAAAGGAUUGACUACCCCAGGUGCUGAGGAUGUUCAGACGUCUCGAGCGGCGGAUAUCACUGCGACGCAGGAGUUCUACAACUCUCUUCACCCCACAUUGAACGCGGACUUACUCAAUGAUCCGCUGAUCAUGUCGUUCCGGCUGAAAUACAAGGACCUGCACAUCGGCCGCUGCAUCAGCAAAGGUGGCUUUGGACUGGUCUACACCGGUAUGUACAAGCACCGCCGUGUGGCUAUCAAGAAGAUCAUGCGCGAGAAGUGCGAGAAGCUCUCGCAGAUUCGCAUGUUCAUCCGAGAGAUCACGCUCAUGGGGUCGCUCAAGCAUGAACGCAUCGUGGAGUUCAUCGGUGUUGCCUGGGACUCGCUGCGCAAUUUGAGCGCUGUGACUGAGUACAUGGAGCGCGGGGAUUUGCGCGAUGUUCUCCACACUUUGAAACACCAGGGAAGCAACGUGGAUCAUCAAGGACUGACGUGGAAUGGCAAGAAACUUACUAUUGCGUUGCAUAUCGCCGAAGGACUCGCGUAUAUGCACUCGCUAAACCCCAAGGUGAUCCACCGCGACCUCAAAUCCAAGAACGUGUUGCUCAACAACGACUACGAGGCGAAACUGAGUGACUUUGGCGUCUCGCGUAAGCGUCUCGUGGCAGACGUCAAUGGAGGUCCCGGCAGAUUCAUGACCCCAGGUGUGGGCACGUCGUUCUGGAUUGCCCCGGAGGUUCUACUCGGGCGUGACUACGAUGAGCACGCUGAUGUAUUUUCCUUUGGCGUCGUGCUGUCCGAGAUCGACACGGAUGACUACCCGUACUGGAACUCUGGAAGCAUUCCAGCACAAGACGACCACGACGAACGGCGCUCGCAAGAGCAGAAGAUAUUGGAGAAGGUGGCGCUGGGCUCAUUGCGACCAACAUUCUACAACGAUUGUCCGCCUGGAGUUCUCGCAUUGGCUGCGAGUUGUCUCGAAGGUAGACCUGAAAACCGACCCAGUGCAGCGGAGGUUGUCCUUACCAUCAAAGAGCUCAUGCGCGAGCUGCAGUUCGACAACAACCGGCCGCAGUCCGAGCCGGAGCCUGAUAUUGCCACGGCGGGCUUCUUGUCGACCACAUAGGGGUGACUGGAUUGCUUUAUCUUGGACAAAGCGCGAUACGGACGGAGUACUCGCCGCACUAUGAAUACUAUAGAAUACUCGCCGCAGACACCACCAAAUUAGCUUUAAGAAAAUGCUUAACGUGUUGCCGC